GCUGUAGUGCAGCGUGAUGGACGAGCAGCGGGAUUUUCAAACUCCACACCGACACGGCGGCUCCGGGCCAGUGUUAUCGCCCGGCUCUGCAGUGGCUAUGGAGAUUAAACGGGAGAAAAUACGACAGAGUGCCUUAUUUCAGCAAACAGAGAACGCUAACAUACAGGAGAAGCUGGAUUUUGAGAUCCGAAUGCGAGAGGGAGCCUAUAAGCUGCUGCUCGCCUGCAGUAAGAGAGAACAGAUUCUCAGCGCUUCCAAGAACCUCCUCACUUCCAAUGCCAGGAUCAAGGCUUAUCUUGCACAGCUGCAGAGGGAAAAAACGGAUGACGACAUGAUGGGUGGUGUCAGAAGACUUGCAGAUCCUGCUCUAGAUGGCCGUUUGCCCUGUCAUGGGACCAUUGCAAUGUCUGGCCUGCGCUUUCCUUUGAUGUGGAGGGAUUCAGAUUACUUUAAUAACAGAGGAAGCUCUCGUCAGGUGGCGAUGUUCUGUCUGAUACAGAUAGGCUCAGAGGUGUUUGACACCGAGAUGGUUAUGGUGGAUAGAUCCGUCACUGACAUCUGCUUUGACGGUGUCACCAUAUUUAAAGAUAUAGUUCCCCAGUUUGAACUGAGGGUGGAGCUGUGGAGCUGUGCCCUGGAGGAAGAGCUCACUUUGGCAAAAACACCAAAGAAAUUGGCAAAGAGGCUCCGUACCUCCUUUGGAAAGACUUCUGGAAAGAAGGUCUGCUCUCUGCUGGACACUCCAGACGCUGACACCUUCCUGCAGAACAACCCAGUACCUUCUGGAGCCAAAUACAGCCUGCUGGCCUGGACCAGGCUGGGCCUGCCUGAGGCUGAGGGCAGCUUCCAGUCGCACUCCCUCAUCGUCCUCCAAGGCGCUGAGUGUUCGUCCUGGCUUCCACUGUAUGGCAACCUCUGCUGCAAGUUAGUGGCGCAGCCUUUUUGUAUGACACGGAGCAUGAUGGCUGGCUACUUGAGUCAGAAGCAAAGUGUGGAGGGGAUCAGCCGUUGCUGCAGUCUUUACUGUGUGCUGAGUGGUGGCUUUUUGUCUUGUUAUUUCACUCCAGAAGAAAUUGAUGCUAAAGUACAGCCAACACUCAAUGUGCCCAUUAAUAAGGAAACUCAGAUCCGUGUGAUGGAGAAAGACUCUGCAGGCUACAAAUCCAGGAGUUUGUCCAUCGUCAACCCUUCACCAGAGGGAUCUGAGACCAUCGUCUUCACCACAGAAAUCAGAGACGAGCUGGAGGACUGGCUAGAUGCCCUCCAUCAGCACCUCUAUGAUCAGAGCCAGUGGCAGCACUGCUGUGUCCGGGUAAUGAAGAUUGAGGUCGUGUCACCACGGAAACCAUCCCUCUUCCUCUCCAAGCAGGCUGACUCUGUUUACAACGACCUCAGUAUAAAUUCACCUCCCAGGUUUGAGAGCAUUACUGAUAUCAUUCACAGCAAAAUUGAAGAGACAGAAGGGCGCUUCCUUCUUGGCCAUCAAGACAAGAAGGAAGCGCCUAAUUGGUCCAGUCUGUUUGAUGGGUCCCAUUCCAUGGUAGUGGACAAGAGUGUUCAGUCCCAGAGCAAAACCUCCACUCCGUGUUCAAGCCCCAAUGGCAACGCCAGCUCAACACCCGUCAGCAACAAGAAACGACGGGCUCCACCGCCUCCAUCUGAUAAAAAGCCACACGCUCCUCCUACUCGCCCAGCCAGACCGCCCCUUCCAGCUUCUGUUCAUCACGCUCCACCCUCAUACCAGGAGAAGGAGAACACUGGUGCUUGCAGUUCACGUCCAGCUACAAGGUCCAAAACAGGCAGACCAUCUCUGGAUGCCAAGUUUUCUGCCAUCAUCCAGCAACUCCAGCGAAACAAUGCUGGAGGUGCUGCAGCCUCCAGCCGAAGAAAUGCUCCACUGGGCAUCCUGGAUGUCCAGCCACAGGCUCAGCCUCCGUUCCAGCCACUGGAUUACCAGAACCACCACACCCAGACCCCUGAGGCCACAGCUGAUCAUGGUUUUGUCAGGGCCAGUAAUGGUCCUUGUCCUGUUCCUGCUCCACGUAGCAAACUGAGGAAGUCUUUUAGAGAGAGAAUGAACCUCAAGGGAUUAUAACUUCAACCCUUAUCAUAGUGCAUCAGGCUAUUCAGCUAUUCCUUACCACUAACUUAAAAAAAACAGAACUUUCCAACUAAGUGAAUAACAUUGAUUAAAAUUACAUAAUAUAUGAAAAUGUAUGCACCUGAGCUAUGAUAACUAAUGCUCAUCAUCUCUGAUAUUUAAGCCUGGUUCUUCCGUCAAUUAUGGAGCAUUUUGCCAUUUUGGAAAAUUAUUCUUGCUUGGAGUUGAAUGUAAAAUGUUAAUACCGCUCAUACAUCAACACUAGCUAUAAAACUGGAGUUAGUUUGCUUGGAUUAGGGUAAUGGUUUUAAAUGGAAGAAAAUGACUGUUCUACAUCCAUAUAAUGGUUUCAAAAAUCUGCAUAGCUGCACAUUUAAAAGCUCUUUACCUCUAUUUCAUUUCAGUUGUCAGUACAGGGAAACUACUAUUCAAAAUUUCAUGAAUCGUAAAGACAGGUGGAGCUUGGGAAAAGGAAGUGCCCAUUAAAUUUAGAUGCAGAUCCAGAGGUCAUAACUAAUGAUUCCCAGGGAACGGUUUGACAUCCUGUCGUCACAACAGCACUCCAAAUAGUCACUAUAUCAGUGUAGACUGUGUCAUUAAACUGUAAGUAGUUGUUUUUAGACGCUAUUUAAAAAGGAAAAAGUUAAUUAGAUGUUGAAGGUGCUGAUCUGUGUAUUUUCUUUUUCUUUUACAUUUCAAGGGAGCCAGACCUGUGUUUCCUAUUCUCGUGGACGUUUUUUUCCCAGCUCCAACUUCAUGUUGAGUGCACAAAUCCCCUCAUACAUCUCUCAACAGCACAGCACGAAAACAUGUUUUCAUUAUGUCAAACAACUGUUCAUAGUCCAUUGUGUGGGUACAUAAGUAGUCAUUAAAAAAAAAAGGGAUUCUCACAAUCUUCACAGCAACCCAGAUUCCUGCUGACUGCUCAUACCACAAUAUAAACUGUUCUGAUUCAUCUUGGUGCAGUUUUUCAUGUGCAGCUAACUCAUAAAUGAAUUGAAAGCUUUAUUCUGGCUUGAGCACCACCAUCCUUUAUCCAUCUAAAAUCUAAAGACCUUUUUUUUUUUUUUUGUGCAGCUGGUGAAACAUGAACUGAAAGAGCUAUUGAAAAAGCGUUCGUAUUGGAAUUGAUCCUCAAUGCCAAAUUGGACUCAUUCCUUUUGAAACUAUUGACAUAAUCGACUUACUGUGACGACUUUAUGGCCACUUUGACUAAUUUUAAAAGGAACAUGCUUUUAGGAGCUAUUGUGAAUGCUAACGUGACUUCUCAAUUCCCCCAGAGGUCUUAAUAAUAGGGUGACCUUGGUUUUCUAGUGGCCACACAAUAUGCCUAACAUAAUUUUAACACUGCAGCCAAUAAAUCCUGUGAAUAUAAUUGAAUGGUUCUUUUGAGUGGUUUAAAUAAUGAACGCCCUUGUGUAUGUGUUUUGAACAGACUCAAUACUGCCAACCAUUAAACAUUCCAGCCACUUAAUGAUAUUGUGUUGAAGAAUGGUCGGCAUAGUUACUCAUAGUCUGCAAAACAUAAGGUUUCACUGCUUUUUCUGAAAUUGCCUUCCCAGAUGAAGCAAUAUGGUGAAAGCUACAGUAACCACUUUUCUCAUUCCACCCUCCAAAUACAGUUGAAUAUAGGGCGAGAGAUGUAGAUUUGUGAGGAGGUGGAUUACAGGGGGAUUUAGUUUAAGCCAUGAAAGGCAGAAAGGGAGAGAAAAAAAUGUGCAAAAGGGGUUGCAACUGAAAAUUAGCACUGUGCCAGAUGUUUGUUUUUCUUGCUGUGUAUCAUUGAUAACAUUAAUUACUUUGAUUUUCUUCUGCAUGCACUUGGGAAAAUCAGCAGAGGGUUUGAGGCUGCCAUUUCCAGUUUCUUAAAGGCAAUGAAGUGCUGAAUGAUGUAUUAAUUGUGUUGCACUUCCUACAUCCUUGUGAGCAUUUCAGCCAUUUUCAGUUACAAUUGUCAGCUUAAAGGCAGGGAAAGCAAAUUCUAGCCCAGAAAUAUUGUUGAAUAUGUCCUCUUGGGGAGCAGGAUUGAGAGGGAUGGAAAAAGUGCUCGGUUUUAGCUUGAAUAUCAACAGAUGUGACAUUAUCCAGAAAUCACUUACCUUUUACAUGUAACCGGAGCAGAUACUACUUGUAUGAGAGAAACAUUUCUGAAUUGCUUUAAACAAUUAAGCAUGUAGCUCUGCUAACUCUAAUCUGUGAUAUGUAACAAAUGCACAUAGGAAAGUGGCCCAUAUCAAGAGUGGGUGAUCUUAUAAGUAAAAAUGUGCAGCCUUUUAUUGAAUACAUUAAAGUUGUGUUAAUUGUAUUUUUUUAAGACUGCAAUACCAGUAGGAAUUUGUAAUUUUUAUAUGCACAAAAAUGUAUGCUUUGCUGAGAUUUCAUCUUAAUGUGUCGUAGUAAUUUGUCAUUUAUUGGGAAAGUGUCAAUAUACCAGUAAUUAGCAAUAUCUUAACCUCGUGCUGGUGCAACAUUAUUUCUGUUUACCAGUGUGUAUUAAAAAGGUAAUGAUGAUAUGUAUGAUAAUAAAAAAAUAAUACUGUGAUUAUUAUUUCUCAGAAAGUGCAAUUUCUUCUUUGUCUAUUGUCUUGGAACUCAGCUGUAUUUUUUUUAUAUUUCUAUAUUUUUAAAUAUUGCUGAUCUGCAAUAAAAAACAA